UAUUAUUAAGAGAGGUGAAACGCGCCGUUUUGGAAGGACUAGAAAAGGGUUUUUGAUUCGCAAUAGCAGCUGCAGCAGACACACUGUGAUAACAUCAAUCAAUCUACAGAUUUCCCUUCCUCUCUCCUUCGAUCCGCAAACUCACUCAUUUCAGCAACCAUGGCAGAUGAAGCGCAGAUUGAUGUGAAGGAGGAGGUUCCCGAUAUUGCGCCAUUUGAUCCUACUAAAAAGAAGAAGAAAAAGAAAACCACAGUUGUAGAUCUUGAUGAUGAUUCUGUAGACAAGUUGGCUGCGAAGACAGAAAAUCUGUCGGUUUCUGAGGGGUUUGACAGUACUUUAGCUGGUGCGAAAAAGAAGAAGAAGAAGCCUGUUGAUAUCAGUAACUUAAUUGAUGAGAGUGUUGAUGCGAAAAAUGAAGAUUUGGAUGAUCUCGCUGAAGAAGAUGAUCAAGAUGCUGUUUCAUUGCAACCUCGUUACCCUUGGGAAGGGAGUGAUCGUGAUUAUCAGUAUGAGGAGCUUUUGGGCAGGGUGUUUAACAUUCUACGUGAGAAUAAUCCAGAACUUGCUGGAGACCGGAGGAGGACUGUUAUGAGGCCUCCACAAGUGCUUCGUGAGGGCACAAAGAAAACUGUUUUUGUGAAUUUUAUGGACCUUUGCAAAACGAUGCACCGACAGCCAGAUCAUGUCAUGGCUUUCUUGCUUGCUGAAUUGGGUACAAGUGGUUCUCUAGAUGGACAGCAGAGAUUGGUUGUGAAGGGAAGAUUUGCACCAAAGAAUUUCGAAGGAAUUUUGCGUCGAUAUGUCAAUGAAUAUGUCAUUUGCCUUGGAUGCAAAAGUCCCGACACAAUACUUUCUAAGGAGAACCGUUUGUUCUUUCUCCGCUGUGAAAAGUGUGGAUCAGGAAGAUCAGUUGCACAGAUCAAGGCUGGUUUUGUUGCUCGUGUUGGGCGUAGGACUGCAGGAGGGACAUGAGUUUAUCGUUCUUUUCUUUUUUGAAGCUAAAUGUGUAAACUAGGGGGAAUGAACCAUUUCCCAACUUUUGUUUUCCCUACACAUGAUGUAUACCGUACUUGAUUUGAGUUUAUUCCAGUACAUUUUUGGCAUGUUCUCUAUUUCCAGAAGCUAUUAAAUUGGCACUUAAGGAACUUCAAUUUGAUUUCAGUAAACACUAUGUAGUUGGAAAUAGAUAUGAUUCACAUUACAAUUAAUUUUCAUGCCA